AUGGAAGCGGCCGUUCGAUGGUCGCCUCACUCUACACAAGGCUCGCCGCGCUUUGCGAUUGUCGACGUGGCUAACAAUCGACUUCGACUAUGCCAGCUUGAGAGCCCCCAAGAAAACAACACAGUCACCUACAAGCAGCUUGUUCAGCGCGACAAGCUACCAAACUUCACCGCAUUCGAUUGGUCAAAAACCCACGAGCGUUUCGUUGGCAUCGGCUCGGCCUCUGGUGAGGCAACUCUGCUCACGCUUGAUGCAGACCGCCCCCAAUCUGAAUUCAACUAUGUUUUUCCCAUCAAGCAGAAACGAAAAUGUAACUCCAUAGCUUUUAGCGCAGACAACCUCUUGGCUACCGGCCUGGACAGAGUCCGCAAUGACUUUUGCAUGAACAUCUAUGAUGUGAACAUUGGCUCCCUGCAAUCACAUCAAGAACCGUACAAGAAGCUUGCGAGUUCCGAGGCCAUCACCAGCAUUAAGUUCUUUACUGGGCAGCCUAACACGCUAGUCGCUGGUGUGGCUCGCCAAUGCAUAAGGGUGUAUGACCUUCGAGACCCAGCGGGGAUUGGCGCUGCUCAGUUUCCUACACGACAGGUCCACAAUCUUGCUAUUGAUCCGUUGGACGAGAACUACUUUUGCUCUGCUGGCCCCCAAGGGGAUCCUGUUGUAAGCGUGUGGGACCGUCGCUUCGCCGCACGCUCUAAUCCAUCUACACCUGCCUCUGAUGGCCAUCCUACGGGUGCUGUUCUGGAGCUCCGGCCAGCGGUGGAUAACAGCCAGAACUCCAACAUCUGGAUGCUUCGCUUCUCUGGCACCAAACGAGGUUGUUUUGGUGUUCUGUCCAGCAUGGGAGAAAUCAAGAUUGUUGAGCUUGCUCAGCACUCAAUGAAGAAUGCACUUCAAGUGGGGCCUCCUAACACUCUCGGUGGCCAGUCUUGGAGCUCUCCGCACUAUACCAGAAUGACUCACCACCUUCAGUAUCCCUGGUACGACCAGCAUCAUGGCCGGGAGGAGAGCUCUCGUGUCAUGGCCUAUGAUUUUAUGAGUCCCGGCAGCCCUUCUGAUGGUCCAGCAGUACUUGCUCUACAUCACACCCGAGAGGUUGAGUUGCUGAAGAUUCCCACACCGCCUCCGCACAUUCAUCUAACAGCUUUCAACGAACUCGCAAUCUGCAGAGAUGCAUUGCAGCCUCAAUUCAUCCGAGCGCGUAAGACCGAAACUACCGUAGCUGAACACUUAACCAAGCUACAAGAGCGACUGCUCGCCAGCAAGCAGCCGGGCAAUUCUUCUAACAAGGACAGGAAGCCUAGCCUUGCCGUCGUCAGGAGUAGCCACGAACUGCACGAGGAGAACUUGACUCUAGGUUACCCCAGCGUUGACAUUGACUUGGUCGAGGCGCUGCGACUCCAGAACAUCCAGAAGUGGAGGUGCCAGGAGGGCUAUUUGUUCAAAUGCGACCAGAAUAAGAAGAUCGUAGCCAAUGAUCCUUGGCUCGUCGACAUGUGGGAGCUCAUUAAACGCAUGGAAGAUAUGGCUAAAGACCAAGGCAUGGCCGCCGAGGGCUUUGACCUCAGCUAUCUUGGAGUUUCGUUCAUCUGGGGCAAUACUCUGGGUCCGAAACAUUACCACCACCGCUUGAUCAACAUCAGUUCUGAUUCAAUAUCGGACGCGGAUUUCGGCAACGCAGUGAAGGCAGUUGUGCAAAGCAAAGACCUUACGGCAUUCCAAGGCGUUCAGACUAAGUUUCCCGCACAUCGUCAAUUAUGUCUCUCUCUGUGCGGCUGGAUCUCCUCCAAAGACCGCUUGCGUGAUUACUGCAAGGAGCUACUGCAAAGCGGACAGCCCUACAAAGCGAUCGUCGUGCCUGUCUUCAAAGGUCAUAAGGACGUCGCUUUAGACUUACUGAGGUACGCUAUUCAGCAGCGUCUGAUCCAGAACGUUGGACUUGGUGCCGUUAUCGCCUGUGACUCCGUCAACGCUGAACAGCGGGAUAUGUGCUCUUGGAUGGCAGAAGAGACCGAUGAUCCCUACCUCAAAGCCUUGCUGGCCUAUUUCAUCAGCGGUGAUUGGACCUCUGUUACCAACAUGAUACAGCUCUCCCUCACGGACCGCAUUGGCGUCGCUCUGAAACACCUUGACGACACUCGAUUGACCGAGUUCCUCAAGUUCGCGACGUCGGAAACGGUCAUUUACGGCGAUAUCUCCGGCCUUAUCCUGACCGGCCUUUCCGAGCGCGCGGUCGAUCUGUUCGAACACUACAUUACCAAGUACUACGACCUGCAGACCGCCGUCCUGGCUCUGUCUUUUACCUGCCCAGUCUACAUGAACGACCCACGCUACGAGGUAUGGAAGGAAACGUAUUUCAUGCAGAUGCAGAUGUGGCGCUGCUUCAUGGAGCGCUCCCGUUUCAUAGCCGCGCACAACCGGCUAGCGGUCAAUCGUGAAGGGCGAACCCUUAACCAUCAGCCGAAACCGCAAAUCGCGAUUAGGUGCCUUCACUGCAAUCUGCCACUUGCUCGGCGUCCGGACGGCCAACUCGACAUCAUACCUGAGCCUAUCAGGAAGGCUUCCAACAACGGGGCCAAGUUACCACCUGGCGUGCCUCCUAAGGCGACUCCUAAGCCUUCGCCUAGUGCUAAUGCUGGGUUGGUGUUCGAUCCAGUGACGGAGGGAGGAGCGAGAGCGGCGGAGGAGAGAGAUGAUGGGGCGAGUAUGGUAUUCUGCAUGAAGUGUAAGCAUGGAUGGCAUGGGAAUUGUGCGAGGAAUUGGUUUGUGAGGCAUGAGACUUGUUCGGUGCCGGAUUGCGGGUGCUUGUCUGCUGUCCACGUGCAGUCUUAUAGAAUUACUGCUUUUUCUGGCCAUGCUGUCAAAAUUACGUGCCUGUCGUGCCGUGACUCAGAUCCUGAACGUGCGACUUUCAGAAUACACACACGAGCAGCAACACCGACACUUCUCCUACCUUUCAUUUUCCGAAAAUUGUCGACCAUGUCCGGUCGCGGUGGCAGAGGCCGUGGCGGCCGCGGUGGCUUGCCUAGAGAUGUUCAGGUCUCGAAGAAGAUGAGCCGAAUAUUGCGGCAUUCCGCAAAUGAGGAAGGGCUGACGCUCGGGGAAGGAGGAUAUGUCAACGUCGCUGAUUUCCUCCAAACCCGCACCAUGCGCUCCCUCAAAGCAACCUUCCCCGAAAUCCGGGCCAUUGUCGCCACAAACGAAAAGCAGCGCUUCUCUCUGAUCCGAGCGGCUUCCUCCUCCUCCGCAGCUACUACCACCCCAUCAUCAGCCGUCGAGACGCCUGCCGAUUCCGCACCCUCGAUCACCACCGGCAACGCCAACCUCGACGUUCCGGAUGACGACGACCCGUCUCACUACCUUAUACGGGCCACGCAGGGCCACUCAAUCGCUAUCUCCUCCGAAGGCCUCCUAACCCCCAUCACGGGCAACGACCCGGACCUGCCGGACACAGUCGUGCAUGGCACCACCCACCAGGCAUGGCCACUGAUCCUGAAAUCAGGUGGCCUGAAGCGCAUGAAAAGGAAUCACGUGCACUUCGCCGCAGGCCUACCUAAGGGGUUUGCGCCCGUAGCCGAAGAAGACGUGAAGGCGGAGACGGCGGGGAAGCUAGAGCCCGCCGGUGUAGCAGCUGGCGCGGAGACUGCACUCGACACGGCCGCACUCGCCACUACCACCGCGGAGUCAUCAGCAGAGCAGCCGCAGCGCACCUCGACGCCCCCGGUCAUCAGCGGUAUGCGCACGAGCUCGACGAUUCUGGUUUAUGUUGAUCUGCCUGCUGCGAUGGCUGCGGGGCUAGAGUUUUGGAGAUCGGAGAACGGGGUCGUGCUGUCCGAGGGAGAUGAGAAUGGGGUCGUGCCGCUUAAGUUCUUUAAGCGGGUGGAGGAACGGACAAGGGGAGGUAGUGGGCGGGUUGUCGUGAGGGACGGGCAGGUCGUCGCGGAGGUGGAGGAGAGGGGCGGUGGUGGGUGGGGGAGGGGGCGGGGAAGGGGAAUGGGAAGGGGGAGGGGUGCGUGA